AUGUCUAAAUUAAGAAGUAGAAAUCGAAACCUAUUUGCUGCUGGAUAUUCUUCUUCAACAUUUCUGAUCAUUCUAUGCAUACUAGUUAUAAGAUGCUAUGGCAGUUCCUCCUCCGCCUCAUGUGGGGAUAUUCAUAAUAUUACCUUCCCUUUCCGACUGAAAGGAAUCGGCGGUAGUAAAGAAUGCAUAUUGGACGAAUAUUUCAGUCUGUCAUGUGAGAACAACCAAACAUAUCUCUCUUUAGAGACCUCCGGCGCCGGCAAAUACCAUGUGAAGUCCAUCAAUUACGUGAACAAAACCAUCCAUGUUUCUAAUGUCCUCAUAGAUAAGGCCAAUGAUUGUUCCUCUCUCCUCCUCCUCUACUCUGAAAACUUCGAUCAAUCCAUGUACAAUUAUUAUUUGUCUAAUUAUGGUAUACGACAAGUAUCAGUAGUGUUCUUGAGGUGCGAAGUUCCAGUCAAAGAUCGCCGAGACUACAUAGAUAUUUCAGCUUCCUGCAAUAGUAAUAAUAAUAAUAAUAAUUCCUACAGAUCAUACGCUCUAGCAAGAAUAGGCAGAUUUCCAGAGUUUGGGGAGAUUGAAAACUCUUGUACGGUAGAAAGCAUUGGUUAUACUUCUCAUCCCAGAUUAAUUCAGCAGCUGAAUAUUACUGAUAUUGGUGAUGGUAGUAAUAUAAUUUCCUAUCAAGAAAUACACAACGCUUUGCUCUUUGGAUUUAAUGUUUCUUGGGGAAUAGAAUCCUGCAGAGGAGAUAUUUGGGUGAAAAGGGCGUCGUGUUUGGGUUAUUAUGAUCCUAAUAAUAGUAUUUUCAGCCCCUACAAUGACCCGAGCUACUGCGAAGACGAGUCAACUAUUGGUGGGUAA